AGCCGCAACCUUACAGCUAAUUUUGUUGUCUUCCUGCUGAUAGUAUGCUAAUUUUAUUUUUAAUUGAACUGUGUCAAGCACAAAUUUCAGCCAAGCGAUUCUGUGCCAGACUUCCUACGUUUGUUUGUGCUUGUCGAAGUAUCGGUUGGCGUAUGAUAAUGCGUUGAAGCUGUUGGAGCUUCCCUAUUUAACACCCCAGUACAGGUACUUGGGCAACAUGUACGCUGCUGAGGCAUCGUCAAAAAUGGCAGAGUUUCAGGAAGCUAUGGCAUAUCUUGAGCAAGGCAGGUGUACAGAGAAUGCGACCGAGUUUGAUGAGUGCGUAAAGGCCUUGCCGAACUGGUAUCCGAACAGUAGUAAGGUCGCCAACGCAGCCGUCAUUUACAACCAGUGUCUUAUGUAUUCCAUGCAGCAGAAGACCGACGAAGCUUGUAUGAAAUUGAGUCAGCUGUCUCCAAACGAAGGCAGACUACCCGUUCAGGUUAUGUUGUUGGGCAUCUGUCUGCAGAUUCAGCAAGGUAAGGGCGUCCUGUGCUCGUACUACAGUAAAAUGUUGACUUUAGGUCGUACCGACAAAGUGAAAGCUCUGUUGGAACGCCUUACGCCUGAAAUAGGAAUGAAGCCGCAACAGCUACCGCAAGUACCGCCUCCUCAGUAA